GUGUACAGCCACUUCCGGUUCUGCAGGAAAAACACUCGUGAAGUUUGUGAACGGGGGAACGAACACGAGAUGGGCUGAACCGAACCACUUCAGCGAUAUUAAACCAACCGCUUCUGGUAUCGGAGAGAGGGGUAAUGUGUAGUUGGACGAGAGUAGGACAUGCCUUACGUGGACCGGCAGAACCGCAUUUGCGGUUUCCUGGACAUCGAGGAUGUAGAGAACAGUGGCAAGUUCCUACGGCGGUAUUUCAUCUUGGAUACGCAGCAGGGUAGUCUGGUCUGGUACAUGGACAACCCACAGAACCUACCAGUAGGUGCCAAACCCGUGGGUUCACUGAGUCUUCCCUACAUAUCCAAGGUCAGUGAUGCCACUAAACAGAGGCCAAAGGCGGAGUACUGCUUUGUCAUAAAUGCAGUAAUGCGGAAGUAUUUUCUUCAGGCUAAUGAUCAGCAGGAUCUAGUGGAUUGGGUCAACGCGCUCAACAAUGCAACUAAAAUCACAGUACCCAAGUCCUCUGAUGGGGUUCAGGCUGAGAGUCAGAGGUUGGCGUCUAAUGGCAACAAGAAACAGGGCCCGUACAAAACGGAAAUUAUUGCAGGAGUGGCUGUUGUCACACCAACACAGGACGGAGAGGGGGGACACGGGGUUGCAGGAGAGAAGAUGGCCUUGAGGAAGACUCCCCAGCACAGUAGAGUAGCACAGGAUCACAGCGCGAUUAAAGCAGGAUUCUGCGUCAAACAGGGUGCACUGAUGAAAACCUGGAAACGGAGAUAUUUUGUUCUGGAGCAGAACUCCAUGAGUUACUUCAAGUCUGAGCUGGAGAAAGAUCCUUUACGAAUUAUUUCUCUGAAGGAGGUGCAUAAGGUGCAGGAAUGCAAACACAGUGAAAUAAUGAUGCGAGACAACCUUUUCGAAGUUGUAACAACCUCCAGAACAUUUUAUAUCCAGGCUGAUAGCCCAGAGGAGAUGCACAGCUGGAUCAAGGCUAUUUCAGGAGCCAUCGUGGCUCAAAGGGGCCCGGGCCGAUCCGCAGCCUCUAUGCGUCAGGCCAGAAGGCAUUCAAGCCCUUGUAUUCAGAGGUACACGCCACGUGUCACUCAAGGCAGCACGUAUGUGAGCUCCGCCCCCUUGACCCGCCCACUUUUUCCUCUUCCCUGCUUCGCUUUAGAGGCGCUAACGCAAACACACGCGGACAUACGAGCUUAUACUCUUCCACUUCGCUCUAAGGAAUCACUAACUUCACGCGCACACCUAACUUCUCCAGAGCAUCUCUCCGCUUGGGUGCUGCUCAAAUAAUAAAUAAACCGUCCGUACCAGGAUACAUGAUUUUCCUGCUGACUUUACCUGUUAAUUGUCUCGUUUUACCUUCCUCAUCUGUUUUUCCAGGUUGCUCCCUCAUUUAAACUAAUUAUUAUGUUAAUAUUGACGCCCUUCUUCAUGUCAUAUGCUUCUGCCUCUCUGCCAGCCCACUGCAGUCUCUUUCACAUCCAACACGCAUGUUUAAUAUAUCUCAAAUAUGCUGCGUUCAAAUGUGGUUCAUGACAUUCAUUACGGAUGUGUUUCUUUCACCCUAUUAAAUCAUGCAGCAAAAUACUAUAAGGAUUUAUAGAUUUAACCUUCAUUUCCCAACCUUAAUGCUAUUUACUUCUAUUGGUGCACAUCAUUUUUAAACCUCACAGAUGUAUACAGUUUUUUUAUGCGUGUCUCUGUUGUUGUUGUUGUUGUUAUUUUUUUGUGUGUUCCCUGUAUUUCCCAUUACUGAUCUAAAAUCUGGGUUAGUGUAUUAGUUUAUGUUACUGCAAUUGUUAAAACCCGACUGAAGUGAUUUCGUUCAUUUUUUUUCACAUAAAAUCAUUCUCUAUGGAUUAAAGAAACAUUUGGUGAAAUAUCACCUUCAUAUUUAAUACUGACUAAGUAAGGCCAUGUUAGAGCUGUAAUCGGUCCUUAAAAGUUAGGCCCGAAAUGACCGGAGCCCGACAGAAUUGAAACAAAGAAAUAAAAGAAGUCAUGUGUAACAUCUCAUUCUAAAUAGGCCUAUGCAAUACACUAUACAUAGGCCAACAUGCCAAUAAAAACAAUUAUUUCUUAACGAAUUAAAUUAAGAUAAUACAUUCUGAAUUAAGAUGGGUAUUUGGUAAUAACGAAAUUAAGAUAAAGGCUCCGCGGGAUUUGCUUCGGCACUUCUCUCCAUCAAUGCCAACAUAAGUCUAAAUUAUGUAUUAACUAUGACUCAAUUAAUAUUUAUUUAUACAUUGAAAAACAUUUACUUACCAAGAUUAGGCUACAUGUUUUUGUUGAGGAAAAUUAUUAAAUCCACUUUAAAUGCCUUCAGCACUGUCCUGCACUUGAUAGUGCAUCCAGCAGCAUUGAACUUGACCGCUCAUUUACCGCGCAAAGCCGGAGCGCAAGCCCGGCCCGAGCCCGUGUAAAAUGUUAAAAAUGAAGCCAAGAUCUUCAGCUCUAAUCCAUGUCAAAAAUUGAUGGAUUUUAUUCUCAGAAAGUCAUGUUUUUGAGAUUUUCUGAUUUAAAAAUAAGCUUAUAUUUAACCCUUCAUCACAAUUGAACCACAAUUUGCCUGUCCAUCUGUCAUAUACCACGUAAAAGCUGAGAUUCUCCUUAUUUUUUAGAUUAUUUUUGUCUUAUUUUGAAUAACUUUAAAGUGCACCUAUUUCAUUGCUAAAAAACAUUUUUAUUUUGUGUAUUUGGUGUAAUGCAAUGCAUUUGCGUGGUUUAUGGUUAAAAUUGUCAACAUACCGUACAUUUUUGUUGUCAACAUACCGUCAACAUACCGUACAUUUUUGUAGCUCCAGAUUUCACUCUCUUCCUGAAACGCUCGGAUUUAAAAAGCCGUGUGUCCCUGAUUGGCCAGCUAUUGUGUACAUUGUGAUUAGUUGGAAUGCCUCUGACGUCAGCCGGAAAUGUGAUGCUCCUUACCAUGUUUGAAAGAUUUACGCACAGUGCAAUGCUAACAGGAGUUAAUUUACAGGCUGUGAGUACAAGCGGGAGGAAUUAUGAUAAUGUCGGUCUUGUCUACAUCACCAAUCCCAGGAAGUAAACUGUUGCCUACAAUCCGUGUGUUGUUUACUUUGGAAACGAUAACUCGCUUUAUCGUUUACUUUGGGGUAUUUACCUUUUGCAUAUCGUAAACGUACUAAUACACACCAACGGAUAUCUUAAAUCGUGAAUCGGACCAUUGGUGCCCUUUAAGUCAUCUUGAGGCCCCCUUGGAAAGCUGUUGAGGUCCCCCUGGGUGAGAAACAAUGGUGUAGUGGGCAGUGCUCCGACAUAUGGUGCAGACGCACUUUCGGCAGCCUGGCGAGAUCACAUAUGUCUGUGCUUUCUCAUACAACAUCUUGGCUAAGGAACCUUUAACUGAAUGGUUAAAUGGAACCUAUGUGGAACCAAAAACUAUUUGCUAUGCUAUUGUAUCGCUGUAGUGUGAGAAUUUCAAAAUUUCAUAGUAAUGACUAUAUCACCAUUAUGUUCUUAAGACAGCAUUUAUUUUGAGCAAAACUGGGUGUUUCAUGUUAUCCCAGAAUUAUGUACAUCAUUUUUUCAUUUAAAAAAGGAUUUUAAAGGAUUUUUUUCCCCGUUCUUUCUGUGUUUUUGAAGCUUUGAUUGUAUUUACAGUGCGCAAUAUAACAUGUUCAUGUUUCCUGUGUGAAAAAACGCGGUAUUUUUCAUAAAAUGUACUUAUCUGUAUACCGCUGUUUUCACUGUCCUAAAAACGGACUGAUGUCUUCUUUGUUCUAUGAAGUCCCUCCUUCAGAAAUACGUAAUGAGCUCUGAUUGUGUAGUUGGUUUGAUGUGUUGUGAUUCGACAGCAGCUUAGCUUAGCAAAGCCGUUUGAGCUUAGCUGGCGACUGACGUAUUUCUGUGGGCGGAGUUUAGUUUUAUUGACGUCAUUCGGGAUAGAGGGCUGUAGUCCAAACCGGCCUUUCACUGUAGGCUUUUAAAGGGGACUUCUGUUAAAGAAAAUACAUCGCUUGGCAUUUAACUUUGAGCUUUUACAGGUAUUAUUUAUGCUCUAACAGCAACAUUACGCACUUACUAAAGUUUCAAAAGUGUGAUCAAGUGACCAGUGUCUGGUGGUCUCUUAAUUUAGGCCCUCAUUUUGUGUGGCUUACGCCUAAUGCUUAAGAAUUCAGCUAUAACUUAAUUUUAAUCUCUCUCCCUCACUUCCAUUUCUUAUUUUCAUUCUUAUUUCUGUGUUGUCUAUCACUCUUUUUUUGUAUUUUUCUCUCUCUGCCUUCUUUUUUCCUCUUUGCUGCUCACAUUCUCCCAUGUUCAUCUUCUGUUUUCCAGUGAGGGAGACAGCUGGGCUUUCUGAAUACUAACACUUCUCAUCUGGUGCUCUGCUGCUGGUGCCCUGGUACCUCUGAUAUUCUUCUGCUUUCUUAAACCUAAAUGUUCUUCUUACAGCUGAGACUGCUCUCAAAUCAUUACUGUACCGCAUACACCUUAAUGCAGAUGUUUUGUCUCAUUUACCUUAAUCACAGUUGUAAUUUCUAAUCCUGUUGAGUCCUGUAACAAACUGUAACAAU